GAUGGCUGCACCCUGGAGAGUGGACUGAAGGUUGCAGUAAAACGCUGCAUGGUGGAGGAAGAACGCGGGAGGCGAGUCUAAGGCUCAAGAUGGAAAAUCAUAAGCCAGACGAUAUUAUCAAGGAAAACUUAACUGAUAUCAUAGCCAGAAAAAUUAACCAACUUCCAGAAACAGACAGGAGUCUACUUGAACAUGGAUCGACAUAUAUUGGACUUAAUGCUGCUAUCUGUGGUCUGAUAGCAAACAGUCUUUUUCGGCGCACCUUGAAUGUGACAAAGGCUCGUAUAGCUGCUAGCUUACCAAUGGCGGUGAUCCCAUUUUUGUCAGCAAAUGCCUUUUAUACAGGUUUUGUAAGUUUACCUCUGAGUACAGGUGAUUUAAAUUGUGAAACCUGCACCAUGACACGGGCUGGACUGAUUGGUUUAGUUUUUGGUGGUCUGUACCCUGCUUUCUUGGCUCUACCUGUGAAUGGUGCCCUGGCAGCCAGGUAUCAAUCAGCCCUGCUACCAGAGAAAGGAAACCUCGUCACAUACUGGAUUAGAAUAUCCAAGCCUAUCUUUAGAAAGAUGGUAUUUCCCUUUUUACUUCAGACUGUAUUUGCAGCAUACCUUGGGUCUAGACAAUAUAAACUACUUAUAACAGCUCUUCAGUUACCCGAACCAGGCCUAGAAAUUUACUGAGUGUUCUCUGUACUGGAGAUUGAGCUCAGGACCUUGUACUUGCCAAGCAGGCAUAGUACCACUGGCCUGAAAUUCA